UUGCGAUUGCCUCGUCGCCACCUUUCCUUAAUAAAACAACAAAGAAAGAAGCAAAAGCGCGUGAUUCUCUCCGAGGAAUAAGAGCUCCUCUUCCUUUAAUGGCGUCGAACUAUUUCCCCUCCAAAUUCCGCUCUCUUUCCCUGCUUGCUCUGUCGGCUCUGCUCCUCUCCUACUUGGUUGUCACAGUACCCAGAUCGAAGAAAGUGGCCAUGUCUAAACCGGCAGCAGAAGGAGAAGCGAGAUCGGUGACGGAGGUUCACGGUGUUAAGAUAGAGAAGAAUCCUCCUCAGUCCAAACUCGAUGAGCUUGGCGUCGCCAACUGGCCCAAGUGGGGAUGCGGUCCGAGUAAGUUCCCAUGGACCUUCGAAUCCACGGAGACAAUGUACUUGCUGGAAGGGAAAGUCAUAGUGUAUAUUGACGGGCAUGAUGGUUCUUUCGAAAUCGGAGGCGGGGAUCUGGUUGUAUUCCCUAAAGGCAUGAAGCUUGUUUGGGAUGUCGUCGAAGCUGUGAACAAGCACUACAGCUUGGAAAAGAACUAAGGAUUUGGAACAGUGUUGGUAACUUCAUGUAUCUGCCAAUCUAAUAUAUGCUUACUAGGAGGCACUAGAUUUCAAUUGCUGUCAACUGAAGGAUGAACAUGUCGGAGACUGACUACCAAAGAUUCAUAUUAUCAUCUUGUAUUGAAGUUGAGCGAGUGUUAGCUUCUUUCUAAACAAGGUUCCUCCUGAACUUACAGGAAGAAAAAUCUUGUACUUUUCUGUUAACUAUGUUGUUUCUUCGAUGAGGUUGCUUAGAUGAUGCUUUGCAACAUAAAA